AUGUCAAUACGUCUACUGACAUUGACAGAUGUCAGAGAUGUGGCGUAUGUCAAAGAUUUAGUGUUGCGCCGCUUCUAUGUGUGCGUGGAGCAAACGUCUGCGGUGUUCGAGCAGCUGUGCCGGCUGGUGAAGUGCGUGGUGAACCCCGGCGACUGCGGCUCGGCGGAGCGCUGCGUGCUGGCGCAGCUGCACGACCUCUACAAGGCCGCCGCGCACCUCUGCCACGCGCCCUACGCUGACACCUUCGCUAAUGCAUACCCUAAGAUCAAGCAAGCACUUUACUCCCCGGUGCAACCAAUGCCCGUCAAGUAUAAAUAUGAUCCGGAAUUCUUAAGCGA